AUGGGACAAAUACGGCGCCUGGAAGACCUGGAAGCUGAGCACUUCCAACUCCUGUCCCUAAACGUGAAGCCCGCGACAGAGCUGGCUCUAAUAUAUUUUGGGUACCAACGUAGAGAAGAAUCAAUCUCGAAUUCGGACUCGGAGUCUUCAGAGACUGGUCAAAUAGUCUUGAAGAAAACAAGUUUGAGAGAUAUUCAAUCGGGCAAAGUAGACGAUGGCCUUCAUAUUAAGAAUGCCCUAAUGCCAAGUACCCUCAACAUGCCCAGCAGUAUUGUUAUCAGUGAGCGCAAACUAGUCGGUGUACGGGUUUACCCAAACACCACAGCAGAGCUCGGACACAAAAUUUCACAGGCAGGAAAUGGCUGGGUCUGGGUGAAAGGAUUGGUUUCGAGGAAGUGGGAACACAUGCUUGGUUCGAAUAUCGAUGAAGCCCUUUCCUUACAUUUGCUAAAGCCUGAAUGUUGA